AUGAGCUUCCUUCGCAGAAUCAUUCCUCCUCAAGGUUUCAGGAUUUCAUCAAGGCCCUUUAAAUCUUUCAAACUUCCAGGGGAAUCCCUAGAUGAAUCCACCUCUCCUUCCCUCAUACAUGGAAUACACGUUUUCUAUUGCCCUGAUGAGGUGGGCAUUGUUGCUAAGUUAUCGGAAUGCAUUGCUUCAAGAGGUGGAAAUAUUCUUAGUGCUGAUGUUUUUGUACCCGAGAACAAGAAUGUAUUUUAUUCGAGAAGUGAAUUUGUCUUUGAUCCGGCUAAAUGGCUCCAAGGACAAAUGGAAGAAGACUUUCUGAAGAUAUCAAGGAUGUUCAAUGCCAUAAGUUCUGUUGUUCGAGUGCCUUCCCUGGAUCCCAAACAUAAAAUUGCCAUUCUUGCUUCAAAGCAGGACCAUUGUCUAGUUGACUUAUUGCAUGGCUGGCAGGAUGGACGGCUUCCAGUUCAAAUAACUUCUGUAAUUAGCAACCAUGAUAGACCUCUUAACACCCAUGUGAAUCGAUUUCUAGAGAGGCAUGGAAUACCUUACCAUUGUCUGCGAACAACUCGUACCGAUAAAAGGGAAAAAGAGAUUUUAGAUUUAGUAGAGGAUACUGAUUUUCUUGUGCUUGCUAGAUACAUGCAGAUUCUUUCUGGAAAUUUCUUAAGAUCCUAUGGAAAAGAUAUUAUAAAUAUUCACCAUGGGCUAUUGCCGUCAUUUAAGGGUGGUCAUCCCGCUAAGCAGGCUUUUGAUGCUGGUGUAAAAUUGAUUGGUGCAACAAGUCACUUUGUCACCGAAGAACUCGAUGCUGGGCCAAUCAUUGAACAAAUGGUAGAGAGAGUUUCACACAGAGAUAAUUUGCAGACAUUUGUACAGAAGUCGAUGGAUCUUGAGAAGCAAUGCCUGUCGAAAGCAAUAAAAUCAUAUUGCGAGCUGCGCGUGUUGCCUUAUGAAGAUAAAAAGACUGUUUUUUGUUGA